GAUAUUAUAGGGGAACGAAAUCUUAGAACUGCUGCACAUAAUUUGUUGGAUUACGUUAAAUGUCUCUUGAUUAGGAAAUCAAAGCAACAUAAACAAAAAUGGAAGCAGACAAGGGUGAAUGGGAUUGGUUAAAUAUUUGUAGCAAUGAUUGCAUCUGAUUCGAGCGAAGAAGAAAAAUCAAAGGGAUUGGGUCUUUCACUUGUUGGAAAAAGGAUAAGGUAAGGUGUUUAAUCAUGGGGUCCGCGGACAAAAGUUGAUGUCACUUCAUAUAAUUGAAGUGUUUGAGGGCGAUCAAAUCUUUUUUCAUCGCGCGAUCAGAGGACAGUUUUCUCUGUUUUUUUUCUGUGCAGGGAAAUUUUUUCAUUAUUUAUUUGGUUUUCACUGUGGGUGAGGGGAGAAUUGUAGACAGAGAAUGUUGCAAAGUUAUGGACGGUGGAUGAUGGCAGGGGUCCUUUCCGAUUUCCCAAAUUGGAUAAGAAUGAGCACUCUACUUUUCAUAAUACAGAAAUUACCAUUUCCACCAGUUGCUGACAAAAAUUUUGGGACUUGAUUUCCAUUGACAGCACAACAAUCUUGUUUUUGCUUAUUUGUUUGUGGGUCACCGUGUGUUCUUGUGGAGGAGAAGGGAUAGUAAUUUAAUGCCAGGCCCCGCUGUCAAGGCAUUAGAAGCAAACUGGAUGCAGUUUGCUUUCAGUUGAAGUUAUGAACUUUCAUGAAAUGGGCAGCAGCAGAAAGGCUUUGCAGUCUUCAUGGGUGAAGAGGCUGCGGCCCAGAGAGGUACAGGGGACAUGGGUUGUUAGCCCUAAGAGUCGUCCUGCUUCUGCUCCUGUUUUUCGCCAAGAGAAGGAAGAAAGUGAAGGGAAAGCAUCGUCUUCCACAUCCAGGUGUGUGAUCCAUCCCCUUGUGCUUCCCAAGGUUGAGAGUGUGUUUGACGAGCCAGUUAAGCGUAUGAGGGUUUCACCUUCUGCUUCUGUGGACAGCAAAGAUCUGGUUACAGAGACACAGGUGGUUGCUAGCUUUGGACCAUUCCAGGUCAGGGCAAGGUCCCUCGUACCGCUCAAGGAAAAGAAGCAACAGCAGCAGGCUGAGAUGGGUAGGACAGCAGCAUUAGCUCCUGCUGAACACUGGAAACAGUAUUUUCUAGGGAGAGAGAGAGAGCUGACUGUGGUUACUGAGCCGAACCCGUCUGCAACAGCAUGGAGCAGAAGAAUGAUCAAACCCUGCAGCGAAGACAGGCAAGAUAAUAGAGGUGGGUUAUUAGGUUCUGAAAUUGAUUCUACUUAUUCGCCUAGGAACAAGGAAAUAAUGAUUGAUCGGAGAAACAAGCAUGCCAAUCCUAAUCCCUUAUUUGGCUCCGAAUCGGAUCAACUCAGGUCUAAUAAACAGAUGUUGGAACAAUUUGAGUGGCAGAGUCCAGAAAAGAAUAAGUGGAACAAUCCGGGAUUUUGCAAAGAAAUUGUACCUUCAUCUGGAGAACAUGUCAUCACUGGUAAUCAGAAAAUGGAUAGAAUUGGGUAUGAAAGGCGGCCUGAAGCGCCGGCUUUUGCCACUGCAUUUCGCAGGAGCAAUGCCAAUGCCGUGAAUUGUUUUAGUGGCUUUGGACUGCAUGCAACAUCAAAUGAUUUGCCAUACCGCUUUCCUGUUUUGAAACAGACACUGGUCCCAGAGAAUUGCAGCAAUCACCGUUUUAUGGAUCAGCAGGCAACAUGGAAGCCUGAAGCAUUUCCAAGUGUAAAGGCCAAUUCUCUCGAGCCAGGAAGUUCCAGAAAAGAGCAUUGCCAGGGACCUCCACCGAUGCUUGAAUCUCACAAGUAUGGGAUUGGGCAAGGAAGUGGAAGGCUUAAUUGCAUGGAAAAUUAUCCCAUCCAUAGCUCAAAUUACCCACGCUCCGCACGCCAGAGAGAUGAAAUAAUAUUGCCCGACUCUUCUUCAACUGUAAGUUUGCCCAAUGAAUUGCAUCAUCGAAAAGAUGUACUUGAGCCUGAUGUUCAUCCAGGAUCAGGAACUUCAUUCAGAGAGAGUCAUGUUGCUUAUUAUAGGCCCAUACAAGAAAGGGACUACCUGGAGCCGGAAUCCAAUUCCUCACACCAUUCCAACUGCCCUGGUCUUGAUCAAGAAGAUAACUCUACGAGACUUGCAAAUAGAAAGACUAGAUUAUCAAAGGAAUUUAGUAAAGCUAACGAUGGAUGGUCAGAUAUCAAAGGCAAAGGCACAAACUUUGAAAACCCAUUGACAGAACAGAGGCAUGCCAUUGAAGGCAGUACAGGUAAUGUGGUACAUUACAAGUCUUGUGAUAGUGCUCUUAAUCGAAAUUUUCAGGUUGGUGAAGCUCUACUCCAUUUUCAAACUUGAAUAAUCUCUCACUAA